AUGUGCAUCAUAGACAGGCUUCGUGGCGAGCUUAGGACGGAUGGACAAAAUUCGCCCUUGCGGCUUUUCAAGACGGGACAUCAUUCCAUGGAUGAUCAUGAUGCAGCAAGGGUCAAUGUCUCUUCCAGCGAUUCGUCUGAGUUCUCAUACGGUAAUCUUUCGCGGCCGGCUACGAAGGUCUGCCGCUGUCGGAGGCAACUGCACAAGUAUCCUGGUUCUCUGCAGAAAACUGUUGGUUUGUUUCGCGCUCCGUGA